CAAAAUUGAAUGGUCGGAACGAGCCCCAGUCGCAACGACUUCACAGAGGAUUGUGAAGGAGUAUCAAUAGCAAAAGCCAGUUCAAGUGUCAAAACACACUAUGGGCUAUGGAUAAAUGAACUGAUGAAUACUUGUAGUAUGUGAAAUCUCCAAUGGCUGAAGCAACCUUUGCCCUGAACCAGCACUUCUUGUUCGGCUUAUCAAACUCAAGAACAACAACGUGGCUUCCCAAUAGGAAAACCCUCUUCCCAUCCCAAAAGAAGCCCCCCCAUCUUUCUCUCAUCCGUUGCUCCUCUUCUACAUCGCCGCCACCGCCGUCGUCUUCGACGGAACUUGAUUCACCUACAGCGGAGUCCUGUGUCAACUUGGGUCUCUCUCUCUUCUCCAAAGGACGGGUCAAAGAUGCUCUAGCUCAGUUUGAGACAGCACUUACUUUGGAUCCUAAUCCUGUGGAAGCUCAAGCUGCUCUCUACAACAAAGCCUGUUGUCAUGCCUACAGAGGGGAAGGAAAGAAAGCUGCUGAAUGUCUGCGCACUGCUUUGAGAGAAUAUAACCUCAAAUUUGGUACAAUUCUUAAUGAUCCAGACUUGGCCUCCUUUAGAGCUUUGCCUGAAUUCAAGGAACUGCAAGAAGAGGCUAGGCUUGGUGGGGAAGAUAUUGGCUACAGCUUCCGAAGAGAUCUUAAACUAAUUAGUGAAGUCCAAGCACCAUUUCGGGGAGUUAGGAGAUUUUUCUACGUUGCUCUUUCUGCAGCUGCAGGGAUAUCAUUGUUUUUUACUGUACCUAGGCUAAUACGUGCGAUCCAGGGUGGCGAUGAUGCUCCUGAUUUAUUGGCAACUGCUGAAAAUGCUGCCAUCAAUGUUGGCGGUAUUAUAAUUUUCGUGGCACUGUUUUUCUGGGAUAACAAGAAAGAAGAGGAACAGCUUGCUCAGAUAUCCCGAAAUGAAACUCUAUCAAGGUUGCCUUUGCGGCUCUCAACUAAACGGGUUGUUGAACUUGUUCAAUUACGAGACACUGUCAGGCCUGUUAUUUUGGCUGGGAAAAAGGAGACUGUUUCUUUAGCCAUCCAAAAGGCUGAGAGGUUCCGCACUGAGCUCCUCCGACGAGGUGUUCUUUUGGUUCCUGUAAUUUGGGGACAAGCUAAAGCACCACAAAUUACGAAGAAAGGUUUCGGCAAUCGUCCAAAGGCUGCUCCGUCCCUACCUUCUAUUGGGGAAGAUUUUGACAAACGAGCUCUGUCAAUAACUGCAAAAUCGAAAUUGAAAACUGAAGUUCGAUUCAAGGCUGAGGUGGUAUCACCUGCAGAGUGGGAAAGUUGGAUAGAGGAUCAACAGAAAUCUGAAGGGGUUACUCCUGGUGAAGACGUCUACAUAAUACUACGUCUAGAUGGUCGUGUUCGAAGAUCAGGGAAGGGCAUGCCUGACUGGCAACAAAUUGUGAAGGAGCUGCCACCCAUGGAAGCUUUACUAAGCAAGCUCGAAAGAUGACAUUUUCUUUUUUCCAGCCUACUGUCCCCUCUAUUGUUUUCUUUUUCUUUUUCUUGGAUCAUAUCUGUUCUUAUGCCUGAUUUGAACUGUAAAUUGUUUGCUUAUUGUGUGUCUUGAGUUUAUCAAUUUUUAUAUUUUCAGUGUAAAAAACGCUGAAUGGUUGACAGAUGUGUCUAGAGCCGUUCGAUUUACAAGAAUUAUGUUUAUGUACAUGGGACAGGUAUGGAUGUUAUGAACCGUCAUGUUAGGUUC